AAAUAUGCGUUGAAUAACUUAUAAGUGUAUGCUGUUGUUUUACUGUAUGUGAGAGUACUCUCAUAUAAACUAUAAAUUAUUUCAUUUCAAGAACAAUCUUUACGGCUCAGUUUGUAUCAGGUAGCCUACGCGCACACGGUGCUUGUACUGUAUAAUGCCCAGAACACAGUUUCCAGAGAAUAUUUCUAAGACUUUUUAUUUACUUUUUAGUUGUUAUUGUUUUUUUUCCCCAGAAAAACAAAACAAAACAAUUAUUCAGUAUUGUAGGAUUGUUGAGCAACUUUCAAGACUAACAGUUGUAGUUGCUUAUCAGCUUUUAGGACUAAUAGCUUACCCCGAGUGUCUAAUGUACUAAUUACUCUCGCAGAUGAUGGAUGACGUAGUCCUGCGCGUGCGUCUGGUCCUAUUGCUGUUCGCGUUGGUGCACGCGCUUUCAACGCAGGACCAAAGCUUGCGUCACGUGGACCCGUUGACGCUGAGCCGCGCGGACCCGCGCUGUUGGGAACGCGCUUCUGUACUGCUUCUGGAGAUGCGCACGCCGAGAAUCGCGCACACGGUGCCUGACUUCUGGGAUCUCAUGGUGUUUCUGAAGUCCUCGGAGAACCGGAAGCACGGCGCUCUGUUCUGGGACCUGGCACAAGUCUUCUGGGACCUCUACGUGGACUGCAUCCAGUCCAGAAACCAUGGGCUCGGGAGGCGGCACAUCAUGCGGACAAAAAGGCGUCUCACGGUCGCGCGCUCUCUCUCCGCGGACAAGGCUUUUGUGCAAGAGUUGCAGAACCAUUUUUCGAAGUUAGAGGAGUUUACUCGUGCCUGGUUUCAAAUUCAAGUGCAGAAGGAUGGACCACGCAGCGUGCACAGUGAUGCUUAUCCAAAACCCCAGCCUUCAAAGAAAAUUUCACAUUUUUAAUCAUCAAGAAAAAAUGAAGAUAAAAUAUUUUUACCUAUGGCAACUUUUUUUUGUUUUAAUAAAA